CCGCGCGCGCUGAGCGUUUGAAACGGUUCACUCAGAGUUGUAACGUUUAAGAACAUAAAGAGCGUUGAAGACGUGACUGGAUUUGCACUGAAUUAAAAGCAAAUCUGCAAAGGCUAUUAUUUGCUUGCAAUGAAGAUCUGUAUUGGAUGAACUCCACGUGCGCUGUCUACGGUUCAACAGGUGUUUACCAUUUCUGGAGCCUGAAAACGAGAACUGUUCUCAAAAGAUUUUGGACCAGCUGACUGAAAAAGAGGAACAGAGAUUCAUUUAUUUUAUUUUAUAUUUGGAUUACAGACUUCCUCUUUGUAAUCAUCUGCACCACUCCCAAAACUGCCUUUUUGCUCAUAGUACACAUCAAAAGUAUGAAUUGAGUCAUCUAAGUGCUUUAUUAUUAAAUAUCAGUAGUCAUUAUCACAACACAAAAGUGUUGAUGCAUGGGAGGAGUUCCUUCAACUUUACUGAGCUAAUAUAAACCGACCCGCACAAAACCAAAUCUGUAGUUUGUGCAUCUAAAUCGCCUGAAAUCCAUGAUGAAGAUCACCCUCAUCCUCUUUCUCACCAUCACCCUGAUCUCUCAGGGCUACAGCGGCUCACUCUCUUUUAAAGGAAGAUGUGGAGAGCCCCACAAUUCUUUGAACGACUGCCACAUCGAUUCACAAUGUCAGAAGCUUGAGGACUGCUGUGAUGACUAUAAAAAACAGUGUGGUCGUCGAGCAUUAGCCAGUGUCUCUGAUGCUGAGAUCAAGUCUCUGUCUGAGACGCUGUACAAGUUAGACCAUAACAGGGCCACAACCUCAGAACUGGUUAUUGAUCCUCAGACACUGAUCUCUUCAUCUGAGACCGGCUCCAGGGAUGACGCCUCAUCUCGCCCACUGUUCAAGCAAGUGAGUAGUACUUUGCUCUCCAAGCCCACAUAUAAAGCUCUGCUGAAUCUAUUAGACAACUAUAGAAGGGUGACAGGGGAAGUGGAGGAUGUGCCCUCACAGGAAGUGCAGGAGCAGGACACUUUCCUCCAACAGACCAUGAAUACUGAUGUGGGCAGGGAGCUUUACAAUUUCCUCCACUCCAAAGGUAUAUACUCAUCUCAGAGCGAGUUUAUCCAGGAUCUGAAGAUGAUGUGGUUUGGGCUUUACUCUCGAUCUAGUGGCAAACUGGACUCCAGUGGGUUUGAGCACAUCUUUGCAGGGGAAAUUAAGGGUGGAAAGGUGUCUGGUUUCCACAACUGGCUGCAGUUGUAUCUGAAUGAGAAACAGGGACUCCUAAAUUACUACAGCCAUAGUUUUAAUGGCCCUUGGACCACAUAUCCUGAUGUAUUGGGAAUGCAGUUUGAAUGGGAUGGAUAUUUCAAAGAGGUUGGUUCUGCCUUUAUCGGCUCUAGUCCUGAAUUUGAUCUUGCUAUAUACAGUCUCUGCUACAUCACCCGCCCUGGCAAGAAGUGUUAUGUGAGUCUGGGAGGACAGACUCUGGGCAUUCAGACCUAUACAUGGGACAACAGCAGCUAUGGGGAUGGAAAGAAGUACAUUGCCUCCGCUUACCCUGCCACACCAUGAUUCCCGUCAUCUGUGCAUCAGCAUCAACAGACUUACAACCAAAACAACUCAUAUGCAAUCUUAAUUAUUCUCUUGGUUGUUCGAGGUUAUUGUUGGACCAAAUAAAACACAAAAGAAAAAUGC